UAACCUAAUGACAGACAAGACUGAAACAUGGCGAUGCAGAGGAGAAGAAACAGCUUCUAUCGAACGUUAAAGAAUGUCGAGCCUGACUUAGACGAUUUAGUGCUCGAUAGAGGUGCUUCUGCAACUGCACAAAACAAAUGGUUGUUUGAAAUUGCAUGGGAGGUUGCAAAUAAAGUUGGCGGCAUCUACACCGUCAUUAAAACAAAAGCACCUGUGACUGUUGAAGAAUGGGGAGAGCAGUACUGUUUGAUAGGGCCCUAUAAUGAAUCCUGUGUUCGCACGGAAGUUGAAAUUUUAGAACCCCAUCAUCAUGUUUACAGAGAAACUAUUGGAAACAUGAGAAAGGCUGGCAUCAAGGUAUAUUUCGGUCGUUGGCUGAUUGAUGGCUACCCCAAAGUUGUACUGUUUGAUAUCGGCUCAGCUGCCUGGAAACUAGAUGAGUUCAAGCACGAGCUUUGGGAGACAGCUAACAUCGGCGUCCCUUGGCAUGACAGGGAAUCCAACGAUGCUGUUAUAUUUGGGGCGCUAGUUGCAUGGUUUUUAGGAGAUUUUAUUAAGAAUACUCAUGGUGAUCCCAUGGUGACAGCCCAUUUUCAUGAGUGGCUAGCAGGAGCUGGUCUUAUAUAUACAAGAACUCGUAAAAUCAAUGCAUCCCUCAUUUUUACCACUCAUGCUACCCUUUUAGGUAGAUACUUAUGUGCUGGCAGUGCAGAUUUCUACAAUAAUUUAGAUAAGUUUAACUUGGAUAAAGAAGCUGGAGAUCGUCAGAUUUAUCAUCGUUACUGCAUGGAGAGAGCAGCAGUUCACUGUGCUCAUAUUUUCACCACUGUCUCUGAAAUCACAGGUGUAGAAGCUGAACACCUCCUGAAAAGAAAACCUGAUGUAAUCACACCAAAUGGCUUAAAUGUUGUUAAAUUCAGUGCUUUACAUGAAUUUCAAAACUUACAUGCCAUCAAUAAAGAAAAAAUUAAUGACUUUGUUAGGGGACAUUUUUAUGGACACUAUGACUUUGAUUUAGACAAAACCCUGUACCUGUUUACUGCAGGGCGCUAUGAAUAUUCCAACAAAGGAGCUGACAUGUUUAUAGAGUCCUUAGCAAGGCUUAACUAUUACCUCAAAUCCUGUAAUAGUGAUGUGACUAUUGUGGCAUUCCUAAUCUUCCCUGCAAGAACAAACAACUUCAAUGUGGAAUCGCUCAGGGGUCAGGCCAUUGCUAAGCAGCUCAAGGACACUGUCAAUAAUGUACAAAAUCAAAUUGGUCGAAGACUUUUUGAUAUUUGUUUAAGAGGAAGUCUUCCAACUGGUGAUGAUAUUCUGGUACAGGAGGAUAUAGUAAAACUGAAAAGAUGUAUAUAUGCUGCUCAGAGAAAUAGUCUACCUCCUAUAUGUACUCACAAUGUUGUGGAUGAUUCAAAUGACCAAGUACUAAACCAAAUCAGAAGAUGUAGUCUUUUCAAUAAUCGUCAUGACAGGGUUAAAAUUGUGUUUCACCCAGAAUUUCUGAACUCUACCAAUCCACUUUUUGCUCUUGAUUAUGAAGAUUUUGUAAGAGGUUGCCAUCUAGGUGUGUUCCCGAGCUACUAUGAGCCUUGGGGAUAUACCCCAGCUGAAUGCACGGUGAUGGGAAUUCCAAGCAUUACAACCAAUUUAUCUGGCUUUGGUUGUUUUAUGCAAGAUCAUAUAGUGGAUCCCAAAUCAUAUGGCAUUUACAUUGUUGAUAGAAGAUUUAAAAGCGCAGAAGAUUCUGUCAGGGAGUUAGCGCAGUACAUGUUUGACUUUGCCUGCUUAUCAAGACGUCAGAGAAUUAUUCAAAGAAACAGAACAGAGAGGCUAAGUGAAAUGCUGGAUUGGAGAAAUCUAGGCGUGUACUACCGUAAAGCAAGAAAUCAGGCUCUGACUAAAGUGUUCGGCGACAGGGCAGGAGAGGAUUCAGCUUCGGAAAAGAAAGAUUUUAAGAUGAUGAAACCGGCCUCAGCACCCCCCUCCCCAUCAUCAACCCGGGCAUCAACCCCUCAGGUUAGUGAUGUGGAGGAUGAUGACGACACACAUCUUUAUGAUGAUGAAGAAGAGGCAGGCAUUCAGUUUAAGGCGGAUAACCCAAUCAACUCAUCAGAUGACACCAAAUAACAUGUUGAAUCCUAGCUAGAAAACCUUGUAUAACAAAAAGCUAGAAAACCUUGUGUAAACAUCUUAAUGAAGCAGGUUAAAUUAGUAAUAUACUAACAUUUUUUGUUGAGGCAAAUUUGUAAUCUUUCAAACAUUUGCAAAAUUUUAUUUUACAAAUUAUUAUUUUACAUUUCUGAAAUGGGUUGACAUCUUAUAUUAGAGGGAUUUCAGAUUUUCUUUUUUACCAUUUUUGUUUAAAUAAAAUUAUCUACUCUUCAUAUAAAGUGGGUAUGAACCAACAUCAGUAUUUAUUAAUACAUCUGUAAUGUAUGUGGAUCUUGUGUCCAAUGUUUUACAACAAAGUUGUGAUUAGAGGGUUUAUUGUUAUAAUCCAUGUUCUUGAUGAUAAACAUAAAUAAAAUGCAUUAGUGGAUGUUGUAUAAAAUGAAUGAGCUGGCUUCUUUAAAAAAAAAGUUAGCUUUUAUGGUUGGUUUAAAAAUGUAUUAUGAAGGCAAAAAAUAUCUUUCAAGUUCAUAUAAGAAACUCAGUAUUUUAGUGCGAGUUUUUAGUUUGUGAGAAGAAUGCGAGAAAAGUGUUGAUGCUGACCAACUUUUUAAAAGUGCUCUCCCUUGCUGUUGUCUUUAACAUCAAAUUUGUUAGCGAGUUUUAAACAUUACAUGCCUAACCAUAAAGAAAAAAACAUUACCUUUAGUUGGAUUUGUCAUCCAAAUUUUGGAUUGAAGAAUUUACCAUUUGUUUGAUAUACAUAUAUAAACAUUUACAUUUUGCUAUUCAACAUAUAUCCAGAUACUUCUGUGUUGUUACCUGGCCAGCAGAUGGAUGCUGUGAAAAUAUGACUUGUAUCAAUAUUAUAACCCCAUUUUAAACUACAUUUUGAAUGGAUGUGGCCUAAGCUAUUCUGUUGCUAUAUUUUCUUAAUUAAAACUUGUUAUGCAAGUUUUAAUCACAUGUUUUAGAAGUAUGAACUUUGAAAUUCAGUAUGCAUAAAUUAUUAAUCCUUGUGAUUUUUUUGUUUUGCAAUCUCAUUUGCUUUCAGGAUUUAUUUUGUCUUAUUUUUACUAUGCUUCCCCUCAUUAUGCUAUAUAAAUAAGACAAUCAAAGAUUGAAUAAUUAAUUUUAACAUUAAAGAGAUUUUUUUUUUUAAUUUCCCAUUUUGCACCUAUCUACUUGAGAUAGUUGAAAAAUAUACCAGGAUAAUGUAAUGAAAUGUCUGCAUGCGAUUAUUGUGUUUUAUUAGUAUCUGUGAUGUCAAUAACAUGAAACAAAGUAUUUAACUUUAGUCAGAACCUUUACAUCUACGUGUGUUUCAAAGUUGUGUUCUAUUAAUAGCAAAAUAAAGAAUAAUUGAGUGUUUCAAUGGAGUUAUACAUUGGCCUCAAGGCCGUAUAAUGUAUAUAUUGUAUACACAUGUACAAUGAUAAGAGAGAUAGAAUAAAACAAUAUAUUUAAAUAA